AUGACCGUCUACAACUUCUACAUCUUCGAUCGCCACACCGAAUGCAUCUAUGCCAAAUCCUGGCUCCCCCCCUCGGCCUCCCGGCCCGCCCCCGCCAACACGACGUCGGUCGCCGCCUCCGACGACGCCAAGCUCGUCUUCGGCACCAUCUUCUCCCUGCGCAACAUGGUCCGCAAGCUCGGCGGCGACGACGACGCCUUCAUCAGUUACCGCACCGCCCACUACAAGCUGCACUUUUACGAGACCCCCGCCAACCUGCGCUUCGUCCUGCUCACCGACACGGCAUCGGCGAGCAUGCGCAACGUGCUGCAUCAGAUAUACAUUAACCUGUGGGUCGAGUACGUCGUCAAGAACCCUCUGGCGCCCGUCGAGCACAAGGGCGGCGACGGCGUCCAAAACGAACUCUUUGAGCUGGGUCUGGAUCAGUUCAUUCGAGGACUCAUGUGA